AUGCUGGGCGUCGUGGAGCUGCUGCUGCUGGGGGCGGCGUGGCUGGCGGGCCCGGCCCGCGGGCAGAAUGAGACGGAGCCCAUCGUGCUGGAAGGCAAGUGCCUGGUGGUGUGCGACUCCAACCCCACGUCCGAUCCCACCGGCACAGCUCUGGGCAUCUCUGUACGCUCUGGCAGCGCCAAGGUGGCUUUCUCUGCCAUCAGAAGCACCAACCACGAGCCGUCCGAGAUGAGUAAUCGCACUAUGAUCAUCUACUUUGACCAGGUACUAGUGAACAUCGGGAAUAACUUUGAUUCUGAACGCAGCACUUUCAUCGCCCCGCGCAAAGGGAUCUACAGUUUUAACUUCCACGUGGUUAAAGUCUACAACAGACAGACCAUUCAGGUGAGCCUCAUGUUAAAUGGGUGGCCGGUGAUUUCAGCCUUUGCUGGUGACCAGGACGUGACCCGGGAGGCUGCCAGCAACGGAGUUCUAAUCCAGAUGGAGAAAGGCGACCGAGCAUACCUCAAGCUGGAGCGGGGGAACUUGAUGGGGGGCUGGAAGUACUCGACCUUCUCCGGAUUCCUGGUGUUUCCCCUCUGACUGGCUCAUUGCCGGAAUGGAGGCAGGGAGAGGGCGAAGGCAGGAGGAAGGCAGGAGAGAGAAUGAGAAAGAGGCUGAAAUUUAGAGGACGAGAAAGCCGAAGGACUUGAAACUUCCUACAUGUUCCCCAGCUGUAUCCGGGUAAAAGGUGCGCGCCGGGGAUCGGACUACUCUGUCCGUUUCCUCAUUAGGAAAAGUAUUCCGCUUAGCUCUGCGCACUCCCAUUUCCAAAAAUAAACUCGUCUCCCCGAUUCCGGUUGAAGUAAUCAAGAAAGAGAGACUGCCUUGUCAUUGUUUCUACCCCCAUGUUCCUAUUCCUUACAAUUUAUACAAAAGAAACUGUAUUUCACUGUAUAACGUGAAAUAUCUUCCUCCUCACUCCCCUCUGAAUCUUUCCACCUGCUGAAAUCUAAUAUGCCCCUCCCCUCUUUUUAGUUUGGAGAGGGGAUAAGGUUUUUGUUCGUUUUUGUUUGUUUGUUUUUAUUUUGAAAGGGGGAGGUAGUUUUAAUUUGGCAAAUAUUGCUCUUAAAACACAGCUCAAGAGUUAAUUAGCUGAACAUACUUUGUGUCCUCCGCUGCUUGUUAGCAGAGAAGGGACUCACCUUCGGGGUGACUGGUUCAAAAAUAUAUAUAAAUAUAUAUCAUUUGUAUUCAAAGAACUCUUCCCAGUGGAAACUGGCUGUAUUUCCGUAUUUCUAUGUCCUAUUCGGAGUGAUCGUGAAAGGCUGCUUGAUGUCUUGAUGCUUGUCAAUGCCCUCGUGUUCUGUGGCUCACUAAAUGCCAGGAGGUUCUUCCGGACGCUUCCUCGUCCUCUGUAACAUACGUGUGAAUAGCCAAGAUUUAAUUUUGCUUUAACCCAAUAAAGUUGAAGUGGGACUUUUAUUUUUCUGGAACAGCUGUCUAAACUCCGCAUCUUUCCCAGCUGCGAGGUUUGGGGGCGGGCUGUGGAAGGGCGAGGCUCGGAGGCGCGGGAAGUCGACUUGGUGAGAAAUGCAACCCUUGGUGAGAACGCAACCCGAGAGAGGCCGGGGCUCGAGCGCAUCCUUGCGAAGCCAGCCCGCACUCCUUUCUGCGCCAGGCCUAGAGCCAAGCCCCGCAUUCGCCCGUGCUCCCUGCUUUGGCCGAAAUCUUGCGAGGCCCGGCGCCACUACCGGCCUGGAAGCGAAGUUUGGAUUUUUUCGAAGUCCAAAUGCAUCAGGGAGAAUCCCAAUUCGAGGAGCCAGCACGACUCCCACGCGUCUGCCCCUGGAUUUCCCCAGCCGUCCGCCCCACAGUUCCGGGAGCAGCGUCUGUUUUUACCAGCGCCUCUGAAUUCGAG